AAAAAAGAGCUUAAUAAGAAUAAUAAAGAAGAAGAAAUUAAGUAUGUGCCGUGGCUCAGCUCUAUAACUUUUCAUUGGUUAACAUAGUUGUUGAAUAGUCUUAAAUAAUAUGAAAUUAAAUUUCCUAAAAUUCCUAAAAAUGAUAAUGUUGAAUAUUAUAUAUUUAAAUUAGAACAAAAUUUAAGAAAUAUAUGUAUAAAAGAAUCAGGUUUUAAUAAUUAUUUUUAUAAAAAUAAAAUUUCAAUGUUUAAAAUCAUUAUGAUUCUAGAAAAUAAGCACAAAUGAAGAAUAUAAUAUUAUGUUUAUUAUAGUAUUAUUUUCUCAGUUUUUUAAAAAUUUAAACUUAACACAAUUUCAAUUUUUAUUUUUAAUACUUUACAUACUUUAUUUAUAAUUAUUUCAUUGGGAUAUAUAGAUAAAUAUAUGCUGCUACUGAAUGUUGAAAUGAUUCAAUAAUUUCCUCUAUUUUUUAAUAAUUCGAAAUUGUUAUUUUGAUUAUUUGUAAUUAUUUUAUUUAUCAAAAUUUUUUUUAAGUCUACUUUGAAUCUUUAUUAUUACAAGCUUUUAUUAUAUAUUGAAAUACCAUUAAUUAUUUUUUUAUAUAAUAUUAAUUUAUAUAGUUGUAACGAUUUAAUAAACUAUUAUGUAAGCGAAAAUCGAGGAAAAAUUUCAGGUUUUAGAGCAGAUAAAAUAAAAAAAAGUAUUUCAUGUGAUACUUUCAAUAACAUUUUUUCUUGUAAAAAUAAAUUUUAUGAAGAAAAUUAUGAUAAUAUAUAAGGCAAAUAAUAUUAUGUAAUUAACUUCUUUGAACAAAAAAGAAAGUGAGAAAAAGAAAAGAAGUAAAAAUAGAGAAUCUAUCUGAUAGACAUUUAUAAUGUUAUUUUUUCUGAUGUACCCUCUUUAAUCUUUUUCAUUGGCUCAAUUAUUCAAUUCUAUAAUAAAUUAGUUAAAUUUUAUAUGCUUUUAUAUGUUUUACUUAAAAUGGGAUAAAACACAGUUCUUAACAUAGUAUUGUUAUCUGCUGUGAUAUAUAGCACAAUGCUUUUAUUUGUUUACUUAACAAGUUUAUUUAAGAGCAAAUAUUUGAAAUAUAGAGAUGGAAUAAUUGAUAAUAUGGAGAAUAUAUAAAAAGAAUUUAAGUUAAAAAUGUUUAAUUGAGGAUCUGUUGUUUUUAAUUAUGUAAAUUAUUUCGAAAAAAAGGAAAUGAAAUUUUAUAAUAUAAGAUUUUAUUUGCGAACUGUAGAAAUUUACAUAAAUGCAAUAUCAGCUGAUAUAAUUAAGGAGGUGCUAUUCAUUUUUUUUAUAAGAGAGAAACUAAAUAAUCAAAAGGAAAUUCAUUCUGGUUUUAUUAUUAUUCCACUAUUUUUUUGAAAAUAAUUAAUUUCAAUUGUUUUGAAUUUUCCAAAUUUAAUGAAUAACCCAAUAGAAGAUGUAGUAAAAACUAGGUGCAUAAAUAAAUAUAUUUUUCACCAUAUAUAUUGCAUUGAUAUUAAUAAUAAUUUUAAAUAUAUUUUAAAAAGUAAUAAUGAUUAUAAUAUUUCAGAUGUUGAAACAUUUCUUGAGAAUGAAGUAGAGAAUUCUAAAAAUAGAGAAAAUCAUAAUUAGAAAAAAGUAGGUUUGUAAAAUUUUUUCCUUUUCUCUUUUUUUAAGAAAAAAAAUGAAAGUGUAAAUAAAAUAAAUAGAGAAAUAUUAGUAGAAUUAUAUUGCGAUGUAGAUGAACACACAGAAAAAAAAUAUUUCGAAUUCACAGUGAAUUACCAAAAUAACUCUAAUAGUAUUCAUCCUAAAUGUAAGGAAAACAAAAUAAUGGCAGUAAUAAAGGAGAAAGAAAUUGAUAAUAUAAUAAAAUUAAAGAGGUUCUUUUAGUAUAAUUAAAAAAUAUAAUAUGACCAUUAUAUUUUGAAAAAUAUAAAUUUUAAAAAUAGCGCUUUAUCAAUAAUUAUAGGAAAUAUUAUAUCAGGUAAAACUUCUUUCUUUCAAUUCAUUUUUGGGGAUCUUAUAUUAACUUAUGGAUGUGUGCAUAUUUAAAUUUUAUUGUAUAAUAUGCUAAUUCUAUAUAUUCCUUAGCAUACAUGAGUAUCAUUUGGAAAUAUUAUAUCAAUAAUUUUAUUUUGCAAUGAAUAUAAUUCAUUUAUUUAUUGUAAUAUAAUUAUUCAAAUUCAUCUAUUUCAUAGCAUAAAAUCACUUAAAAAUGAGUUUAUUAUGUAUAUAAACUAUGAACACAAUUUAAGCAAAGUGCAAAAAACAAAAAUUUGUUUAUCAAGAGUUCUAUAUCAUUACUAUAUGCAUACACAAAGAUUAAGUUCUGAUUAUGAAGAGGAAAGAAAUAUAAGAAAAGGAUUUAAAAAAGGAUUAAGUACAUGUGAUUUAAUAAAUGAUAAUAGCAAUAAAAUCGAUGAGAUUAUUCAGAGUUCCAUUCAUUAGUUAUGUUAAAAAUAUCUUUAGAGAAAAGUAUUUCUUAUUUAUAUUUACUUGAUGUUUUUAUGUUUCUAGAUCCAUUUAUCCCUAAAUAUAUUUUAUAAUUUUUUUUGCAGAGAAGAUGAAAAUAAAUGUUUUAGGGAUAAUUAUAGUUUUGUCGUAAAUAUGAUUAAAAAUACCUUUAAAUUUACUGAUGAAAUUCUUAAUAAUAUUCAAUAUAAAAUAAAUAUUUAUGAAUUAGAAAAUUGUAAUUUACAUUUUUGGUCAAUCAAUAAAUUCAUUGCCCUUAAUAUAUGCAGUUUUAAUUUUUGCCUUGAUAAAACUUAUUUAUAUGUACUUGAUUAAUUGAAUAGCACUAACCAAUUAGUAAGACCAAAUUUUAUUUUGUCUUACCUAAGAGUACAUUGCUUGUAAAAGCUAAAGUACUAUCACUGUAACCAACUUAGUGUGUCUAAUAAAAGUUUUUUUUAAGAUGCAUCUCUGUUAUAAUUAUAGUAAUGCUUUUUUAAUUUUUUUUAUUAAUUUUUUUUGGAGGAAGGGGAAUUUUUUUUGUUUGAAAGUAAUGAAUAAAAAAAGGACGACAAUUAGAUUGCGCCAAUUAAAUGUUAAUUUAUUAUAUAUUUUAGUUUUUAAAAGUGAUUUAAUUAAUUUUGCAUUAUAUAGAAACUUUAUUACAAAAUUAUAAAGGAAUAUUAAAAUAUGUAUUAACUUGGAUAUUCAUCACUUUUAUUAAAAUCGUUGAAUAACCAAUUAAUAAAUCAAUUGGACUAAAUAUGUUUAUGCAUAAAAGAAAAUAAUUUAAAUAAAAAAAAUUAAGAAGAGAUAUAAAAUUAAAAAUUUUAUUUUAACUGAGACAAAUGUGAUAAAAAAAAUUAUGAUAUUAAAUAUAACAAAUUAACACAAUUAAAGAGCAAAAACUUUUGUUAUUCUUUUAAAAUAAAUAAUAUUUUUACACAACACAAUAUAGAAAGUACAAUAAUUGCAUCAACACGUUUAGAAAAUGAUACAAUGAAUAGUAAUAAUGAAAAUAAAAAUGAUGAUAAUGUUAAUGAAAAUUGGUAGAAGAAAAUAAUUUACUUACAUGAAAAUAUCAAUAAAAGUUUAUCAUUAUAAUUAGAACAUAAUGAGAAUGUAGAUAUUUCAUGCAUUGUUGAUAAUCAACAUUAGUUUUUUAAAGGAAAGAUACAAUUGAAAACAUGUAUAUAGUAUUUAAGGCACGUUGGAUAUAUAUUAAUAUUCUAUAUAAUAUUUUUUAAGCUUAUAUUUGUUUUUACAAAAAAAAUAAAAAAUUUCAUGUUAUACAUGAUUAGUAUAAUUUCAAGAAAUGAAAAAAAAUAUACAGAUGAAAUUCUACAGGAGAAAGCUAAAUAUUUGCAUUUAUUUGUAUUAUUACCAAUAAUAUCAGUAAUCGCUUUCUUUAUUUGUUUUAUGUUGAAAAUGCAUAGGGUCUUGUAGUUAUCAAUGAGAAUUUACACAAAUGUGUUGAAUAUCUUACAUGUUCCAGUAUAUGUAUAUUAUAAUAAUAAUUUAGGUAAUAUUAUAAAGAGGUUUAUAACUUAUAUUAAUUCAUUGGGUUAUAGAUUUUUAAAGAACAUAUGUGAAGCAAUUUUUGUUUUCUCUUGACCUCUUUUGUUUUCCAUUUUGUUAGUUUGUGCGAUGAAGGAUAUUACUUUAAUUUUUCCUUGUAAUGUCAUAUUAAUUUAUUUUUAUUUUUUUAAAAAAUAUUCAGCACUUAAAACCCAAAUUGAUUACUUAAGGGAUCAAUCUUCUUCAUUUAAUAUGUAGAGUAAUACUAUAUUAGGAAAAAAUAUAAUUAAAUAUAAAAAGAAUUCCUACUUUUUAAAUAUACAUGAAGGUCAUAUAGUUAUUUUUAAAAAUUAUAAUCUUUUAAAGUAUUCAAUAACUAUAUGGGUUUCUUUUUAUACGGAGUUUAUUAUUUUAAUAUUAACCGCUUAUUUUAUGAUAUAUCCUCAUUUAUUUUUUAAUAUAAUUCCUAAUUUUCAUAAAGAAACUAAUGGGAAAAUUACAAGCACAAUUGGGCUUUGCAUUACAUUUUCCUCAAGAAUUGGUAUAAUUAUAAAAAUUCUCUUAUGUUAUUAUACAUAAGUGGGGAAAGAGAUAUGCUGUAUACAACGAUUAAAAGAAUUCUCCAAAAUACCUAAUGAAGAACAUUGCUUAGAUGUAGAAAAUGAAGAAAAAAUAUUGAGUACAAAAAAAAAGGAAAACAAAAAUAUCUCUAGUUAUUUAAAUGAAAAAUUAUCCUUUAGUAAAAACAUGGAUCUCUUUUAUGUAGAUGAAUCAAAAAAGUGUGGUAUUUACCUUGAAAAUAUUCUUGUAGGUUACAAGAGAAAUAUACUUUUAUGAAAAAAAAAUAAUACUUACCACUAUGUAGAUGAAGAAUCAUCUUUAAAAAAUAUUAAUGUUUAUUCAUUUAAGAAUCAAAAAGUUAGGAUAGCAGAUAAAUCAGGAUCAGGGAAAAACACCAUAACUUUAUCUAUUUUAGGUUUACUUCAUACUAAUGAGGAAAAAAUAACAAUAAAAGGAAGAGAUAAAAAUUUAUGAAAAAAAAAAAAAAAUAAUAUUAUUGGUGUUUUACAACAAUUAUUCUUUUUUUUUUUUAAUUGGAAUGUAUGAAUGUUUAUUUAUCUUUAUCAGGAAUUUAGUGACGAAGAAAUGAUUGAUGCUUUUAAAUUAAUUAUUAUAAAUUCAAGUCUUAGAAAUAUAGGUAAGUAUAUAAAUGAACAAAAAAAAAAAGGAAAAUAAGAUAGAAAAAGCACAAAAGAAAAAAUUAAUGAUUUAACCAGUAUCAUUACUUUAACGGACGAAUGUAUAUGAUAUUUGUCAUUAGUUAGACUUUUUUUAAAUAUAUAUAAAUAUAAAUUAAUAUUAAUUGAUGAAAUUCCUAUUGUUAAUUUUAAUAAAAUUGACUCGAAAUGGAACAAUUUUUUUUUUAGGUAAAUAAAACCAUUUAAUUAUAUAAUAAGAAAUUGCUUUCAAAAUAAUACAGUUAUAAUUAUUUCUCAUAACGCGAAUACAUUAUCAUGUUGUGACUUCGUUUAUGUUAUAAGAAAAGAAGUAGCUUAUAGAUAUGAUUGUAAGAGCAUAAGAACACAGUCAGAAUUAGCACAUAUGUUAGAAAAAGAUGAU